CUCUUACACUCGACUCAGCCCGAGCCGGGCGUCAGUGACUUCGCGUCCGCCGAUCCGACCGGAUCCUCUCCAAGAGGUGCGGGGCGUGCGUCCUUCCGCGGAAGGCCAGAGAUAGUAGAAAUCGCACAUUACUCUUGAAUCGAUUUGUAAAAUUGGACCAUUCGAUUUCAGUCUUUUGGAAAUCGGCGCCAAAUGUGUGCGACCACCGCGAUGCAGCGCGACCUCGGCCGACAAGGUGUCUGAGGGAUAUCCCCGCGGGACCUCUCUACCUCCUUCUUUACCUCGUCUUCCCUCGCGGUAUACGGUAGGUCCUGUUCGGAGGCUACCAGGAUGCAGCUCAGACCCAGUUAUCGAGGCGUCCAAAGACACCCCGCGGCUUGCAUGCACGGUAUAAAGCAAUAAAAGCGUCCGCGCCACGAGAUAUAUCUCGCGAGGUCCGCGUAAGAAACGGCGAAAGAAAGCCGACUGCACCGGUAAAUCAUAAACGCCACGGGGAUCGAACUGCGGGAGAUAACUGCCUUCGCGUAAGGAGAGAUAGAGAGAAAAAGAAGGAAAGAGAGAGAGAGAGAGAGAAAGAGGAGCCAGCGGCUCGGUUAGUCAAGCGGGAUCCAUCAUUCGAUUGCGCGUCCAUCGAAUCCAUCUAUUCUCGGAUGCCUCGGCAACGCUAACGAAAACGAAACAGCCCGGAAGAGGAGCCUCAUCGUCGUUCAUCAUCGGGAAAAGGACGUCCGGAAGAUACCUCGUACAGAGAGGCGGAUAUUCAUCGUUUGCUUCUCGUUCAUCGGUGUAAACCAUCUCUCGCGGAUAUUAUCGAUUGAUCUUGAUAGUUUUCCCGUAAGAAGAUACGGUGCAUGGACGUUCUUUGCACGCCGAUGAUCAUCGCGGAUACUGCCGCAAUCGUAAUAGUUUUGCCGCUAAAGAAAGAUGCGUUGUCUGUCCACGCUCGAUGUUUAUAAUCGCGAGAAUACUAUCGAUAAAUCGUGAUAGGUUUUCAAUGGUAUCGCGCGCGCGCUACUGCUCCGAUCGGCUGAUAACAGAUGAUCUGUUGCACGUGUGAAAAGUGUGACGCAAAGUGGCAAACCUAUGAGCGGAUCGAUCGCCUUGACAGUGCCGCUAAGGAAGAAUCGACUAGGUUUCGUUGGACGGUGUUUCGUGAUUCUCGAUUUCACUACGCGCUGUUGCCUCGGGUAACAGUUUAGUGUCUAGUGAAGCAAAGUUUCAUAUAUUUUUUAUCGAGUCCUGGCUAAAAUAUCCACUGCGAAUCAAUACGCAAUUUGACAACAAAAAUCAAUUUUUACUCAAAAAAUACGUAAACAUAGCGAUUAUUUAGCCCAUCGUGUGUAUUAUUUCAUUCCUCUCUCGCAUUGCAAUUUACGAAAAAAAUUUCUUGCGUGGAGCUUGCAAAAUGUCAAAAAUAAUCAACACUGAGAGGAUUAAUGUCACUAUUAUCGUGCCGCGAGACGGAAAGUGACAGCUGCCGUGCCGCAGCGGAGUGACAUAAUUAAAGAAGAAAGUGCGUCCAAGCGUCCGUUAUUAAGCGGUAAUGAGCGAGUAUCGAGAAAGGAGUAACAAUGCUCUCGAAAGCAAGCGUCGCACUUGCUCCGCCACCACGAGGAUUAAAUGACGUUACGCCCUCGAGCUUUACAUCACCCUGAAGAGAACCAUCUCGUUCGAAUCAGCUUUAUCGCAUUUGUCAUCUUCGCAUAUCUCGUCGUUUGCCGGACAUUUGUCUCGAUGUUUCCGAAAGUCGUUCGCGAAAAGUGACGUUAUACCGAAAUAUGUGAGAUCAUGUCGUCGAACAGUGAAUUCUCGACGAUGUCCAGUGAGGAGAUGCCUUCGCUGCCCAAGUCCCUGCCGAGCUCGAGGGAGGCGACCGCCGAGGGUGGUUCCGGCUCCGGCGGAGGAUACAUGCCGCUACGGGAGUUCCUGGACCGAUUUUCAUUACCGCGAGUUGUCAGACUCGAGGGCACCAGCGGCAGACCGGUGCUCCUGUACAAGCAGCAGCAACGAUCGCUGAGAGUCACAGCGAGCCUGUUGAUGCACCGGUACCGACAUGACGUCAAGGUGGGACCGGAGAUCGUCAUUCCGGAAGGUUAUCCAGGAUGGUUUUCUGUGAUAUCUGGCAAUAACACGACGGGCAGUGCACGCGUCUACCGAAGGGUGGAUUCUUUGGUGAAGACAGGGGUACCGGUGUUUCUGCUUGCGACGCCCUUAAGAGCUUACACGCUGACACAUUCAAAAAUGGAGAACGGAAAUCUGCGUGCCCAUUACACGAAGACGACGAUCAAAGCCGGCGAGAUAUUGCGGCUCGUAGCGGUCUUUCAGGAUACGAGGAGAUGCAGCUCGGUCUCCUUCGGGAUUUCCGGCGGAUAUCCCGAAAAGGACCAAUACGCCCAAUGCAUCGAUCUUCAUGGACGAGAAGUAUUUGCCUCGCUGUCGACCAGAGGCGAGUUUUACGCGAUCUGUCAAAACGGAAGCGUCGAUACCGGAAGUGACGCGGUACUUUACAAGGUUCAGCAUCUCGCCAAGAGGCAGUUGCCUCUCAGAGUACGAUUGAUAGCGGGACCGUUGCCCGUGCCGUUGCCAAAGGAAUACGGCGGUCUAAUGCAGUUGGAAACGUCGACGCGAGGUCCAAUAGUUUUGGGCUGCGUAGUUCCGGAAAGACCGGUGCAUAAUCCGGAAAUGCUCGAAUUAGUUGUAUCCGGUAACGGUGCGCCGAGAGUGCGAAGGGCUAGAUUGGGUUACCCUUCGGAGGCGAGAUUGCUGGCCUCCCCAAAAAUUCAACGAUUACUAUCAGCCUGCAGCCGAGCGGUCGGGGAUCGUGCAACCGAGCCACGAGUGGCGCCCGUGAAACUGUAUCCGCCAACAACUGAGAGUUUGAAGGAGAUGCAUCUGAAGAAGAUCAAGCCGAAGUCGGAGACUAAGCCGAUUCUGCAAAGUCUAAAAGAUGGACUGGAACACCUGAAGCGGAACACAGCAAAGGAACGGAACCAACAGACGAAGCAAAACACCGGAAACGGCAUUCUUGAAAGAAUCUCGAAACUCGCUCAAAGCAGCAGAAACCGCAAUCCCGCGAAGAAAUCGGCCUCGUUCACGUUCGCGGUAAGACCGGAAAUAGCUAUGAGAUCUCAGGAACGUUACUCCAGUCUGGAACCGGAAACUACCUCCCAUCAGACUCGUCAGAAUCAAAACGCUAAGCAACCGGUACAGAGAUCCGUAUCGACCAGCGUGUUGGAGGUACCGACGUGCAUCGAACUGCAGCCCAACUACUCCCGUGUGAGGGACAGCCUGACACCAUUGCCGUUACCACCGAAGCUGGUCAGGACAAGCAACAAAAAUGAGGAGAUUUACGCCGAGAUCUGCGACACUGUGACGGUAAACCAGGUACAAAAAUGUCCAGGAAGCCACGUGAUGGCGCGAAUCAGGAUCGUCGUGCAGGGCCAUGAUUCGUCCUUAGAAACGCGCAAUGUGAUCGGCAACGAGAGGUACGCGAACUCGAUGGUGAUGAGCGAGCAGAUCGACUCCAUUAUCAGUACGGAGGACGAAGUAAUCUAUAACACCGUGUUCUGAAAUUAUCGAGUUAACGUACAAAUCGCUAUGAUGAUGCUCAUAAUAAUACGAAAACGACCGAAAAAGGAAUUUAAUUGUAACUUGCAGCAGCGACAUGUGAAAUUUAUAAAGUGUAGGCAAACCGGCUGUGUUCAUCGAUCGACUUUCUAUUCGCUGUUUCGAGGAAUGUAUUAUAUUACAUAAGCAUGUGCAUAUUAAGGAAACAUGUACAAGUGUUUUUGUAGAAAAAUGCAGAAACCUGUAUAUACCUUUGCCAUACGUUAAAAUACUAACAAUUAAGAAGGAAACAUAUGCAUAUUAAAAAUAUGUUUCUUAGAAUGAUGAAUCGCUCAAAUUAAUUAUGAAUGUAAGUAUAACCUGCGACAAAAUAAAAUUUAUCUAAUUUUUGUUAAUUCAUGAUUGUUCUGUGAAAUCCGUUUUGUGAUGAAUAU